GACAGUGACAGUCGUCGAAUCGUUUUCUCCGCAAAAAAAAGAUUUAAAUCGAAGCAGUCUCGGGAAAAAGGACAUCAUGGAGGAGCAGCCGCAGGAGGGCGACUUGUGCCUGCUGAUGGACAAGCUGUUGAUCAAAUCGCUGGAACUGAUGGAGCGGGAUAUGGAGUUGAGUGUGGAGAUCGAUCGCCUUACCGCCGAUGGCAAGCUCGACCUGGCGCACACCCGCUUCACGAAGGGCCCAACCGCGGUCAGCUCCGUACAGCUGCCGACCGAAGACUACAAACCGUUCCGGGCGCUUCAGACCGUCGCUGAGCAACAGCAGGACGACGAUGGCCAGCUACCGAUUCCCCAGCUCACCCUGGAAACGCACCCGAUCGAGCCGGAAGAGGAGCGGAUCGACCCGGCCGCCUGGUUCGGCAUUCUGCGGCCACCGACGCUAAACAGUGCCCGGGAUAAGUUUGCUCGAUCACUCGAAUCCAUCGUCGAACGGGCAAAUGUGCGCAUCACCCUAGCCAACUAUUUGAACGUGUUCGAGAAGCUCAAUAAACGCAAGGCCGAAGCAUCGCAGCUGCAGCAGCAGGAGUAGGCCACCGAA